CUUCUUCUUAAAAAAACCCAAGUAAACCAAUGUGCUUUAUUUUUAUGUAUGCUUGAAGGUUUUUUAUUUAUGGUACCUAGGCUUGUACAGCACAAACCAUUUUAGUUGUUGGUUGAGUAUAUGUUACCACAAUAUUUACGCACGUGAUUAUCCCCGGCAGGUUAAAAUAGUUCAUAUGGGCGUUCAAAAAAAUUCGAUACAACCCGAGGAUGCCAGUUCAAGUGACACUGAUGUCAGUACGGAUUCAAGUGACAGUGUUUCGGAUACAGAAGACGAUACACAUUCGGAGGAAGAUGAAAUUUUAAAAAGGAUUCGAAAAGAGAAUGAAAAACAAAACAAUCAUCCACCCUCAAUUGAGGGCACGAGUUUCAUUACCGACAUAUCGUUUCAUCCAGAUCAGGAUAUUUUAGCUGUAGGAAAUAUUGAGGGUGAUGUGACUUUAUUUAAAUAUUCUAAUGAAGGAAAUAUCAUUUUGGACACGCUAGAAUUACAUACCGAGGCUUGUCGAGGUAUCGAUUUUGAUCUGAACGGAAAACGCCUCUUUUCCAUAUCAAAAGAUAAGUGCAUCAUGCUUAGUGAUGUUACAGGCGGGAAACUAUUUAGGUUUUAUGAUAAUGCGCACGACGUACCACCUUAUUGUAUUAAGAGUCUGGACGAACAUCUAUUUGCAACAGGUGACGAUGACGGUGUUGUCAAAUUAUGGGAUUUACGUGUAAAUACAGAUAAAAGUAUAUUCAUGCUUAAAAAAAAUGAGGACUACAUUAGCGAUAUAGUUACUAAUGAAUCACUUCAGUAUUUGUUAUGUGCUAGCGGUGAUGGUUGUCUCACAACAAUUGAUUUACGACAAAGGCAAUUUUUUAUGCAGUCCGAAGAACAAGAGGAAGAAUUAACCUGCCUGGGUUUGUUUCGUAGUGAAACAAAAGUUUUGGCUGGCUCUUCUAAGGGAAAAUUGUUGUUUUUUAAUUGGAACGAAUUUGGUUUACAUAGCGAUAUAUUUCCCACAACAAAAACUGCAAUUACUUGUCUUGUUCCUAUCACUGAAAACAUCGUCGUUACAGGUCACGAAGACGGACACCUCAGAGCUAUUCAUUUGUUUCCUCAUAAACACUUGGGCGUUGUCGGUCAACAUACUUUGUCAAUUGAAAAUCUCGAUAUAUGUAAUAAUGGAAAAUUUAUUGCAUCAACCAGUCAUAACAAUGAUAUUAAGUUUUGGAAUAUUAGUUAUUUUGAGGAGUUUGAAGAAGUUACACAUAAACGGGCCAAUAAAGCAAAACGAAAAGAGGAGUUUAACUUGCCAUCAUCUAAAAGAACAAAUACGGCAGAUUUUUUUAGCGAUUUGAGAUAAUUAUAUUUAAAAUAAAUAGCAAAUGUAUUCUUA